UGCUCGAUGAGGGGCAGCGCUCCACCCUUUCCCAAUCCAUGCCGCGGCAAAGCAUCCGACGCGAGCUGCCUGGCAUAUAAUUACCACACGCGAGCUCGCGCUAGACUAGUUCGUUCGAGCGCCGCAAGAGACUCUCCUCGGCUCCUCCUCCUCCGAGUCUCCACUGUCCACCACCACCUUCCCGGAGUUGCCCGCUCCCAUGGCGCUCUCCCGCCGCUGCCUCCUCCUUAUCUCCCUCGUCGCCAUGACGGCGGUCAUCGGCACCUCCGAGUUCAGCAUGACAAAGUGCUACCCGACUUCAACACCCACCGUUAACGGCAGGGGCGCGUUCCACCGCAGUCUUCUCUCGCUCCUCGACGACCUCCCUCAUGCCGCCGCGCGCACGGGCUUCGCCUCCAUGAGGACCGGCGGCGCGUUCGCCCGCGGCCUCUGCUUCGGUGACCCCGCGCCCGGCCCGUGCCUCGUCUGCCUGUCCGACGCCGGCGGGAAGAUCGCCGGCCAGUGCGGCAACGCCAGCCGGCGCGCGGGCUUCCUGAACGACGGCUGCUUCCUGGGGUACGCCGACACCAAGGCUUCCUCCGACGACAUCGACAUCGGUGCCGUCACUUUCUCCGGCGACUCUGUCCGUGGCAUCGAAGCCGUCGUUGACGUGCUGGAGUUCCUGGACGUGGUGCACUCCCUGGUCCCGCUGUCCGCGGACGGCUGGGUGCCCACCGCCGACGGGACUGCCAUGGCGAGCAAUGGCGACACGGUGCGCGUGCUGGCACAGUGCGCGAUGGACCUCACCGCAGCGGAGUGCGCCCGGUGCCUGCUGAAUGAUUCGGUGCCGCGGAUGGUCGCGAGCUGGGUGCUCACCACCGCCGACGGCGUGCAAGUGCAAGGAAAAGGAAGCGUGGCCGCGGUUCUGGGCUCAAACUGCUACCUCCGUCUCGAGAUAUCGGCACCGCCGCGGAGAGAGAAGAUUCGGAGGAUCGUAAAGGAUCACAUCGUCCUGACUGUGCUCAGCUGCUUCGUCGUCGCCGCAGCGAUCGGCGCGCUGGUAGCUCAUGUCUGCUGCCUGGUGAUGAGAAAGGCCAGGAAUUAAUGCAGCAGCAGCACCAGCGUCGGAAGGGAAGCCAUGAUCUGACCGGGACAAGAAGGAAGAAGACCGAAUAAAAGCAAGCCACCUGCAGCAGGACAUGAGAGGGCGCUGGCCGGACCAACUCCACGCAGGAGCUACGGUGGUGUUACUGUUACUAUUAUGUUGAUCGAUCUGUCCUAUGCAUUUGGAUGCUUGCUACUCCAUUUUACCACUGCUCUGUUCCGUGAUCUUCCAUUAAUCUUCUUCGUGAUAGUGGAACCCGGUCGUUUGGUGCGGUCUUGUGUGUGGGAAACUAAUUCUGGUCUUUUAAAGAUCUUUAGCAGAUAUUGAUCUCUUCUC